GCCCCCUCCACCAAGAGGAGGGCGGAGGGCCCAGGAGCCCAGUACCGGGACGCCGCCGCCGCCGCCGCCGCUCUCUUUGCGUGCCCCGCCGCUCUCCCAGAUAUUCUCCUUGCCUACAGACCCUCCCCUCUCAGCUCUGGCAAGCACUCCCUGGGCCAUUCGCCUGCUGAUACUCCUUCACCACCGCCUCUUAGCAGAGGCAGCGGCGAGGUGUCCGGUUUGGGCACGUGAGGCCCGCGAUCCCCAGCAGCGAACGCCAGGCAGGGCAAGGCCAUUGGCAGGAAGACCUCCAACACACAAGAGGCAGAAGGGCAACAAACCAGAGCAGCUGCAGGUCGUGCCACUGGGUCUGCAAAUAUGAUGAAGAAAAGAGCUUCCCAGAAGAAGCAGAGGGGCAGACCUUCAUCCCAGCUACGCAGGAGCAUUGUGGGCUGCAGGAUUUCUCAUGGAUGGAAGGAAGGCAAUGAACCCAUCACCCAGUGGAAAGGAAUCGUCCUGGAUCAGGUGCCUAUAAAUCCCUCUCUUUAUCUGGUGAAAUAUGAUGGAAUUGACUGUGUCUAUGGACUGGAGCUUCACAGAGAUGAAAGAGUUCUAAAGCUUAAAAUCCUUUCUGAUAAGGUGCCAUUUCCUCGAGUCACAGAUGUGCGCCUUGCAAAUACCAUAAUUGGCAAAGCAGUGGAACAUAUGUUUGAGGGCGAGCAUGGUUCUAAGGAUGAAUGGCGGGGGAUGGUCCUAGCCCAAGCACCUAUCAUGAAGGCCUGGUUUUACAUUACCUAUGAGAAAGAUCCUGUCCUGUACAUGUACCAGCUUCUAGACGAUUAUAAAGAAGGUGACCUCCGUGUUAUGCCAGAGUCCAGUGGGUCUGCUCCAGCAGAGAGGGAGCCAGGAGGAGUUGUAGAUGGUCUGAUAGGUAAACAUGUGGAAUAUACCAAAGAAGAUGGCUCCAAACGGAUCGGCAUGGUCAUUCAUCAAGUGGAAGCCAAACCCUCUGUGUAUUUCAUCAAGUUUGAGGAUGAUUUCCACAUUUAUGUCUAUGAUUUGGUGAAAAAGUCGUAACUGUUAGAGUAAAAUUUGCCAAAUUGUGGAAAUAAACAUUUAAUUUGUAGACCGGCAAAAAAAAAAAAUUGCUGCUAUUCAAUGUAUUGAAAGUUUUAAGUGUCCCUGAUAACCCAACAUC